AUGACCACCAACAUGAACUUUGGCCCCGAAUGGAUGCGUGGUAAACUCUCCAAGCAUAAUAGUAACAAUGGCACUCAUUUCGCGUCUCAUGAUAUUUUAGAUUCUCUCAUGCCUUUUGAAGACAACGGCAGCAGCAGCCAUCUCCAAUUCCAACAACAACAUCAGCAAGAGAAUCCUUUCAAAUACUCCAAAGAAUUCAUGCUUAGUUUAUUCAAGCCUGCUUUACAGCUACCUUCUGAUUUCAAGCAACAUGAAUACGUGACCACUGACGCUUGUAACGCUCCAUUAGCCUUCGAAGAGCUGACAGAGACUGAGAAAAAGCUUCUUUCAGGCCCUGUGCACUCUGAAGUGUCUUCUCGCAAGAAUCAAAGACAUCGCGGGGGUAACGACUUGUAUGCUAGCCCAAUGCAAAGUCCUGCUUCGGAAAAUGGCCCUUUAACACCUGGUGGAAGCAGAUUGGGUCAGCGUAAAGGGCGCAGCGAUUACUUUGCAAAGGAUCAACCCAUCAAGCGUGGUGAUAGCAGCGAUUUGCUCAGAAGACGCGAUCACAGCGAGGAUAUGAAUUUAUCAUUGGGUAAGGUGGACGAGGAACAUAAGGGGCAGCCAAGUUGGGCCAUCAACGAGGGUUCCGGUCUCGGUACCUUUGGUGGUGGACUUGGCAGUGAUGUGUCUGCAUUCAAGCCGGAUGCGCUUUUUAGUGGCAGCAAUGGCCUCUCUGGAAGUGCUCCUGCUGCCCCUCCAUCUUCUGAUUUGAGUGGCUUGUCUUCAUCAUCCAGUGCUCGAAAGCCUGAAGACAUCAAGUGGUUUUAUCGUGAUCCCUCUGGUCAAGUGCAGGGCCCCUUUGCAGCUCAGGAAAUGCAGGAUUGGUAUAAGGCUGGGUUCUUUAUCCCUACGUUAAUGCUUCGACGUGAUGAUGAAACCCUCUUUGAACCAUUGAUGGUGUUAACGCAAAAGGUUGGCAAUGAGGAUCAGCCCUUCUUGACACCUCGUCCAACUCGCGCUCCUCCUGCUGGGUUGAACGGUGUAGACAUGUUUGGAUCGCCUGUCGAGAAGGGCUCCAACUUAUUUAGAAGCGGCCCUGAUUUGCAAUCCAAGUAUAUGCCUUUUGGAAGUGCAUCUGCUGCCCCCACGACUCCAGGCGGAAGUAUCAUGGAUAGCUUCUUGGGUAGCAGCAUGUCCAAUCCAAUGUAUCAAAGCCCAUACAACAACAAUUUUGGAAACCCUUUGCUGAGAGACAAUCGCUGGAACACGGAUAAUCAACCUCAAGCAUCUCCCUCUUGGCUGAACCCAACAACGCCUGAACUAUUUGGCAACAGCUCACUGUCAUCACCAUUCAUGAGUCAGCAGCAAUCGACUUUGAAUCCUAUGUUUGGCGGCUCCAACAUGAACUCGCCUAGCUUGUUUGAUUACCAGCGAUCUAUGAUGGACCCCAUGGAUCAGCAUCAGCAGUACAACUUGAUGUUGCAACAAAAGCAGCAACAGCAGUCUAUGCAGUUCCAACAGCAAUUUCAUCAAAUGCAGUUCCAGCAGGGCCCACAGCAACAGACGCAGCAGCAACAGCAAUCUGCCUCUCCAUCUCAACAGCACCAACAGCAACAACAACAGCAACAGGAGGCAUUGCAACAGCAACCUCAACAACAACAGCCUGCUCAACAACAACAACCUCAAAUACCUCAAGGACAGUCUCCUCCUGCUCAACAAAACACAUUCAAGAAUACCCCGCUAGAAAAUCUCUCAAGCAUCAACACGGGUAUCAUUGGCAGCAAUCAUGCAUCUCCUGUAAUGAGAUCAAACAUUUUAACGGGUGGUUGGGGCUCUGCUCCUGGCACUCCUCUUGGUGGCGAUGCUCCUUCAAGUCCAUGGGGCUCCAUUGUCUCCACCGCAAUCCCUAACAAAGUCUCUGAGGAACUGCAAUCCAAGGCUCCUGGCGCUCAAUCUCCUCGCGCUCCAUCAUCUCCUACCAAGAAACCAAUUGAGAAGCCUGUCAAGACAAAGACUCUAGUUGAAUCCUUUGCUGACAUCCAACUCGCUGAACAAAAGAAGGCUGCCGACGCUAAAGCUAUUGCUGAUGCCAAGCUUGCUGCCGAAGCAAAGGUGGCUGCUACCAACGCUGAAAAAGCUGCCACUGCCGCUGCUGCUGCGGCCGCUGCUGCUGCGUCUACCAACACGGAUGUGUCACCCAAAGCUACUCCUGUUACUCCUGCUGCAGUUGCUAAGCCUGUUGUUUCAUUGCGUGAAAUCCAAGAAGAGGAACUUCGCAUCGCUAAUCUGAAAAAGGCCAAAGCCAAGCAAGCCGCUAUCACCACACCUUCAUGGGCUGCCUCGAACAACACUCCCUUGAGCUCCACUACUUCUGGUACUUGGCCUCAACCUGCUCACAAGCCCCUUUCUCUCCGUGAAAUUCAAGAGAUGGAGGCCAAGCAAGCUACUGAAAGCAAAAAGGCAUCUGCCGCCCAAUACUUGGCUCAUCAAGAACAGCUCGCUAAUGCUACUCCUAGCACCUUGUCUUGGGGAGUUGUUGUGCCUAAUAGUAAGUCGAGUUCCUCCAAUACUCCUAGCGCUUCACCUUCCGCCAACAAUGCUGCUGCUUGGACUGCACCUACUGGCCCCAAGAAGACACUGAGAGAGAUUCAGCAAGAAGAGGAAUUGGCAAUGAAGAAGAAAAACGCAAAGGCUACCAAGACUGCUGCUGCUAUCGCUGCUGCCAAUGCAAGCGCUGCUAAUUCAUCCUCCCCUUCCAAGACUUAUGCGGCUACUCCCUCUGCUGGUGGUGCCUGGACUACUGUCACCAACACUCGUGCUGCUAAACCAUCUCCAGCUCCCGCACCUGCUGUCAUUGCUGCUCCACCUCCCCAACCCACUCAAUGGACUCCAGUUAAGGCUCCCGCUCGUGCUGCUGCCACCACUGCUCGUACUAGUGGACCUAGUGAAGAUUUCCGUCGCUGGUGCAGAAAGGCAUUAAGAGGCUUGAACUCUGGUGUUAACCAAGAAGAGAUUGUCAGCAUGCUGCUCUCAUUCCCUGCUGACUCUGGAUCAGCCGAGAUCAUUGAAGAUGUGAUUUAUGCCAACUCAGUGCGUAUUGAUGGCAAGCGAUUUGCACAGGAAUUCAUGAAGCGUAGAAAGGCCGACAUUGCUGGUAGAUUAGACAUUGUCACAGCUGGACUUGAGGAUGAAGACGAAGACGAUUUCAAGGUUGUUGUCACCAAGAAGGGCAAGAAGAAGCAAUCCUCUUAA